UCUCAGUCAUACUUAUCACAACUUCAUUAGCAAAAUAAGAUUACAAGUCUCCUAAUAUUCUAACUCAAGUUAAUUACCUUUUCCUUCCUUUGGCAGUUGAUUAAACAAGUGUUGCUUACUUAUCAAAAGUCCUAACAAAAAUGAAGAAAGUAGUGUUAAAGGUGGAGUUGCAUGACGAUAGAACCAAGAAAAAAGCUAUGAAGACAGCAUCUGGCCUUUUAGGGGUUGAGUCAGUUUCUGUUGACAUGAAAGACAAGAAAAUGACCUUAUCAGGGGACGUUGAUCCAGUGAGUGCAGUGUGCAAGUUACGAAAGUUGUGUCACACUGAAAUAGUUUCAGUUGAACAACCAAAAGAUAAGGAAAAGGAGAAGAACGAGCCAGUAAUACUACCUGUUCCUCUCAAACACUAUGAAACCUAUCCUCUUUAUUAUCAGAUGGCACCACCACAGUAUGGUCAAAGUUACUAUGUCACAAGUUAUGAAGAGAACCCUAGUGGCUGUGUCAUCUGCUAAUUUGAGAGGAUUAUAAUGUUUGAUAAAACGACAUCAACGUCAUUUUGGUUUUUUUUAUUAUUUAUAUUUGUUUUUAUAUAGUAGAUUGAAGACUAAAGUGUGUCCAAGGGAAUAGAUAUGCACUACUAUAUAUAUACUUAGUGGUGUGUCAUGUAUGAUUAGAUUUUGUCAUUUUGUAAAAUGUAGACAAUUUUAAUGCGUUGUUCGUAAGUAAUAACUGCCAAAAUAUUGAGUGGAGAAUGUUCUCUUAAUACUUCUUUCUAUCAUUCAAAAUUAAAAAUAAUAUAAUUUAUCAA